AUGAUCGGUUUCACCCUUGUUCAGAUUCAUCAGCCCCUGAUAUUUACACGGGGAGUUUCAAGCCAAUCGGCUUCUACACGAAGUCGUGUGCUCGCCCUCUACCGAAAGAUAUGGCGUUUUGCCCGGGAGUGGCGCUCCACUUCUGGUUCUGAUGUGGACACCAUGAAGGAAGCCGAGUAUAUCCGUGGUGAGGCGAGAACUCUGUUUCGUCAAAAUGCUCACCUCACUGACGAACAGGCUAUCCUGGAACACAUUCGUGAAGCCGAGUCACGCAUGGAGUUGGCCAAACAUUACGGUAUUCCUUAUCCGCGAUUAUCCAAUGUUCCUCCGCAUACAUUAGCCGCCCAAGUCCAUCGGAAGGACAAACAACAUUCGCCUGACUCUACUCAUGUAUCCCGUCGCACAGAACGUAACCUUCGAGAUUCUCUACCCUCCUACCUUCGAUCUUACAGAGGGACGAGAAAUUCACAGUAGUUCGACUUCUUUGUAUUAGUCAGUCCCUUUUCACUGUUUUUCUAUCCAUCAACUUUGAUGUGCUGUAAUCAGCUUGUUCGGAAAAUCACACUAUUUCUCGGGUACAUGGAUUGUUUGCAAUCGUUACUACCGCAUUAUCUCAUUCUAA